AUGACCGACAGAAGAGCAAUAUUCUCUGGACUGGAGCGCUCGGAGGCAAGUUCUGUCUUCAAAGAAAGUGAUUUAAGUCAAACUCAUCCACGGAUGAACUCUGACUUUGAGGUUGGCGCAAAUUAUCAGGGAUACUACCAGAGGUGGAAUGAUGGUGACAGACAGUUCAAGCUGCGGCAGACAUUGGCCAAGUCCAGACGUCUGGCCAUGCGAGGGACUGCCUACAUGUUUAAUGCCCGUUCCUACGGCCUCUCCCUGACUGAAGAACGCUUCCUGGAGGCAGCGGAGUAUGGCAACAUACCUGUGGUUCGUCGCAUGCUGGAGGAGUUGCCUGAGCUAAAUGUCAACUGUGUUGACUACAUGGGCCAGAAUGCCUUGCAGCUGGCAGUGGCCAAUGAACACCUGGAGGUGACUGAGCUGCUUCUGAAGAAGGAGAACUUGGCCCGGAUAGGUGACGCCUUGCUACUGGCUAUCAGCAAAGGCUACGUCCGCAUUGUGGAGGCCAUCCUGGGACAUCAGGCCUUUGCCGAUGCUACAAAACUCACCGACAGCCCUGGGCAGGCCGGCACGCCCGACGAUUUCUUCGCCUAUGAUGAAGAUGGCACACGCUUUUCGCAUGACAUCACACCCAUCAUCCUGGCAUCUCACUGCCACGAGUACGAAAUAGUGCACAUCCUGCUGAGGAAAGGGGCCCGUAUCGAGCGCCCUCACGAUUAUUUCUGCAAGUGCAGUACCUGCUCGCAUCACCAGAGGCAUGACUCCUUUAGCCACUCUCGUUCCCGUAUCAACGCGUACAAGGGGCUGGCAAGUCCCGCCUACCUGUCCCUGUCCAACGAAGACCCUAUUUUGGCUGCGUUGGAGCUGAGCAAUGAGCUAGCAGUCCUGGCCAAUGUUGAGAAGGAGUUCAAAAAUGAUUAUAAGAAACUGUCUAUGCAGUGUAAAGACUUUGUGGUGGGUCUUCUGGACUUGUGUCGAAACACAGAGGAGGUGGAGGCUAUUCUGAAUGGAGACACAGAGAUGAGCGAAAGCAGUGAGGCAGCGGGUAGACCCAGUCUCAUCCGCUUAAAACUGGCCAUUAAAUAUGAACUUAAGAAGUUUGUGGCCCAUCCAAACUGUCAACAACAGCUCCUCUCCAUUUGGUAUGAAAAUCUGUCUGGGCUUCGUCAGCAGACCACGGCUGUCAAGUUACUGGUGGUGCUGGGUGUUGCCGUGGGGCUGCCCUUCCUGGCCCUGGUGUAUUGGAUAGCGCCAUCCAGUAAGUUGGGGAAGAUUAUGCGUGGGCCCUUUCUAAAGUUUGUGGCCCAUGCUGCCUCCUUCACCAUCUUUCUCGGCCUUCUGGUCAUGAACGCUGCUGACCGUUUUGAGGGGACCAGUCUCCUACCGAACAUGACCGUGAGUGACCGUCCGUCACAGUUGUUCCGCAUGAAGACCACACCCUUCACCUGGAUGGAGAUGCUCAUCAUUGCCUGGGUUGUAGGAAUGAUAUGGGCCGAAUGCAAGGAGAUUUGGUCACAGGGCCCUCGAGAGUAUCUUUUGGAGCCUUGGAAUCUUCUGGACUUUGGAAUGUUGGCCAUUUUCGUGACGUCCUUCAUCGCUCGGUUCAUGGCUUUUUGGCAUGCAUACACAGCACAGAGCUAUGUGGACAAGCGCUACACGGACCUCUCUAACAUAACCCUGCCCUUUGAGAUAGAAUACUACCGCCUCGCACGUGUCUACUGGAUGCCCUCAGACCCUCAGUUAAUCUCAGAGGGGCUGUACGCAAUUGCCGUUGUCCUGAGUUUCUCACGGAUUGCGUACAUCCUGCCAGCCAAUGAGAGCUUUGGGCCACUGCAGAUCUCUCUAGGGAGGACGGUGAAAGAUAUCUUUAAAUUCAUGGUGAUUUUUAUCAUGGUGUUUGUGGCCUUCAUGAUUGGAAUGUUCAAUCUCUACUCGUACUACCUAGGGGCAAAGCAAAACGAUGCCUUCACCACUGUGGAAGAGAGCUUCAAAACCUUGUUUUGGGCCAUAUUUGGGCUCUCGGAGGUCAAGUCAGUCAUCAUUAACAACGGGCACAAGUUCAUUGAGAACAUUGGAUAUGUUCUUUACGGUGUUUAUAACGUCACCAUGGUAAUUGUCCUGUUAAACAUGCUCAUCGCAAUGAUCAACAGCUCAUUCCAGGAAAUUGAGGAUGAUGCAGAUGUGGAGUGGAAGUUUGCCAGGGCUAAGCUGUGGUUUUCUUACUUUGAGGAAGGAGGAACACUCCCAGUGCCUUUUAACCUAGUGCCCAGCCCUAAGUCUGUCAUCAGUCUGGUCGUCAAGAUCAAAGAGUUCUUGCCCUCCCCCUUACACAGACACAAGGGCAUUCUGAAAGAUGACAUUGAGCUUAACGAGCUCAGCAAACAAAAAAGUGUGAGUGGAAGACUUUCACCUCAGCCAAAUCGUUACCAGAAAAUCAUGAAAUGCCUCAUUAAAAGAUACAUUAUAAAAGCCCAGAUGGAUAAAGAGAGUGAUGAAGUCAAUGAAGGAGAACUGAAGGAAAUCAAACAGGACAUCUCAAGUUUACGCUAUGAACUACUUGAGGAAAAGUCUCGCCAGACAGAGGAGCUGGCAGAGAUAAUAAAGAGACUGGGAGAGAGACUGACCAACCAGCAAAACCAUUAG